ACCUCGAAGCUGUCUGCUUGAACAACACAAGAUGUUUCCUUGAGUUACUUCUCGAGGAAGUUACCCGCACAAAAUCAUGUAUUUAUGAUAUACAUAAUAGCUUCGCUAUAAAUAGGCUCAGAUUCCUACUCACCCUAUAUGAUAUACUCUUGAUCUUCUCUGUAGUCAUCCGAAACUAUACAUACCGACAUCCAACAGUCUGUGUCCUCUAGCUAAAUAUACAUAAAAAUUGCGAAUGGCGGUGGAGAGAUUCGUCGGGGGCGAGGAACUGCCGGAAGGUUGCAUAGCUAACGCGCUAUCAUUAACUAGUCCGAAAGACGCGUGCCGACUGUCGCUGGUGUCUUCAACUUUCCGUUCAGCCGCUGAAUCUGACGCCGUUUGGGAACGGUUCUUGCCGCCCGAUUAUUAUGACAUCAUUUCCUGGUCCAUUGGCGGUCCAGAUACACUCCAUUUCAGAUCGAAGAAAGACCUUUACUUACACCUAUGUGAUCAUCCUAUUCUCAUCGACGCUGGCACCAAGAGCUUCUCAUUGGUGAAAUGGAGUGGAAAGAAAUGUUACAUGUUAUCAGCAAGGUCACUACACAUUAUUUGGGGUGACACUCCUAGAUAUUGGAGAUGGAUUUCCCUUCCCGAGUCCAGGUUCUCAGAAGUUGCCGAGCUUCUUGAUGUCUGCUGGUUUGACAUGUCUGGCAAAAUAAACACCAAUAUGCUCUCCCCUGACACUAGAUAUGGUGCGUACCUUGUGUUCACGACAAAAUCCAGGACCUAUGGAUUUGGAAACCAACCUGCAGAGAGUUCAGUGGGGAUUGCUGGGCAUGAUAAACAAAUGCAGACAGUUUAUUUGGACCCUCGGGGAGGACGGAGACAAUACAGGUACCAAGUAGUCCCGAGACGGUUGGGAAUAUUCACCCACCACAUGGCUCACAUAUUGAGGCAGGAAGUGGAGGAUACACCGGAAGGGCGUCAUCCUAAGCAGAGAAGUGAUGGGUGGAUGGAAAUUGAGUUGGGAGAAUUUUUUGUCAAGAGGGGACAGGAAGCUGAACUGGAGAUGAGCUUAACAGAGGUGAAGGGAGGUAACUGGAAAAGUGGCUUGGUUAUUGAAGGAAUUGAUAUCAGGCCUAAGGAGUAAGGAGGGCACUGUUAAUAGGAAUCUCAUGUGGAACACCUCUGUUUCGGUUUCUUGAUUUCCCUCUAAAUAAAAUGAUAACCUACAGAUCGGAAAGCUGAAGUAGGGGUGCGCAUAACUUGUGUGUAAAAUAGAUCUAUUAUAAAUAUAAUGGAUCUAUUUUUAUUUGUACGUGGAUAUGUCUUAACUUUUCUAAAUAUUUUUAUUUUUAUUUUUA